CACGAGCUGCCCCCCGAGGAGCUGCCCAUCAACGAAUCACCCCCCGACGAGCUGCCCCCCGAUGAGUCGCCCCCCAAGUCUCCCCCCAACGAGCUGCCCCUUGAAGAGCUGCCCCCCGAUGAGCUGCCCCCCAAUGAACCACCCCCCGAUGAGUUGCCCUCUGGGGAACCUCCUCCCGAAGUUCUGCCCCCCGAAGAGCCUCCCCCCGACAAGCUGAGCCCCGAAGAGCCUCCCCCUGAUGAGCUGCCCCCCGAAGAGCCACUCCCCAGUGAGCUGCCCUCUGAGGAGGACCUGAAGCCACCAGGUCUCCUUCCUGAGGUGGCAGUGGCAGAGGAAGCACCAGCCCUGGCUCCGGAGGUGCCCCCUGAGGAGGAGAUGGAGCUGGAGCCGGAGCCCUCGCUGCCCCCUGAGAUGACCCCUCCACCCUCAGCUCCCCCAGCUCUCCGCGCCAUCUCUCCCGUGCGACCCCCAGACCCCUCCCCUGACGCCAAGGAGGACGAGGUGCCCGAACCUCCCACCCCAGCCCUGCCCGAGCCCCCUGGCAGCCCCGGCACCGCCAUGGACACCGAGCCCCCCAGCUCCCCACCACCCCCCCUGGGCUCCCCUGUGGUCACCCUGGCCCCCGCCGAGCCCCCCGAGGACGAGGAGAUGGAGACGGCCGGCGGUGAGGGGGAGUCCCCAGCCAGCCCCCCCGGAGAUGCCCCCCCUGGCAGCCCAGCCCCGGAGCUGGGGCCCUUCCCGGGCCUGCCUGAGGAGGAGGAAGAGGAGGAGGAAGAGGCGCCGAGGCUGGAGCGGGAGGGCACCAGCGGCAGCUCCCCGCCGCUGAGCGAGGAGGAUGCGGUGGAGGAAGGCCGGGCCGGGGGAGACCCCGAAGCCAAGGGGUCCCCCCUCCUCCUGGAGCCAGAAGAGCUGGGCCCCGAGACCCCCAUGGAGGUGUGCACCGCCGGCGAGAAGCUGCUGGGGCGCGGGGACGAGGGGUGCCCCGAGCCCCCCGCCCUGCGCCCGCGGCCCGACAUCCUCAACGAGAUCUCCAACCUGAGCCAGGGGGACACGAGCAGCAGCUUCCCCGGCUCGGAGCCGCUGCUCUGCUCCCCGGACCCCGAGGGCGGGGGGUCUCUGUCCCCCGAGCUGGGCCCGGCCUCGGCCGACGCCAGCCUGCAGAAGGAGGACGGGGGGUCGCUGCCCUUGGGCGCCGAGACCGACGACUCGCUGCUCUUCGAGCCGGCAGCCAAGGGAGACGGGGACAAGGGCCGGCGCCGCAGCUCCCCGGGGCGCUCCCGGGUCAAGCAGGGUCGCAGCAGCAGCUUCCCUGGGCGGAGGCGCCCCCGAGGUGGGUCCCACGGGGGCCGGGGCCGGGGCCGUGCGCGCCUGAAGUCGACCACCUCGUCUGUUGACACUUUAGCACUCGCUGACGUGGAGAGCUCGCCCAGCAAGGAGGAGGACGAGGACGAUGACGACACCAUGCAGAACACGGUCGUCCUCUUCUCCAACACCGACAAGUUUGUGCUCAUGCAGGACAUGUGCGUGGUGUGCGGCAGCUUCGGGCGCGGGGCCGAGGGGCAUCUCCUCGCCUGCUCCCAGUGCUCCCAGUGCUACCACCCCUACUGUGUCAACAGCAAGAUCACCAAGGUGAUGCUGCUGAAGGGCUGGCGCUGCGUGGAGUGCAUCGUGUGCGAGGUGUGCGGCAAAGCCUCGGACCCCUCGCGCCUCCUGCUCUGCGACGACUGCGACAUCAGCUACCACACGUACUGCCUGGACCCCCCGCUGCAGACCGUGCCCAAGGGCGGCUGGAAGUGCAAGUGGUGUGUGUGCUGUGUGCAGUGCGGGGCCGCGUCCCCCGGGUUCCACUGCGAGUGGCAGAACAACUACACCCACUGUGCGCCCUGUGCCAGCCUCGUCGUGUGCCCCUUCUGCCGCGAGAAGUACGUGGAGGACGACCUGCUCAUCCAGUGCCGGCACUGCGAUCGGUGGCUGCACGCGGCGUGCGACAGCCUCUUCACCGAGGAGGAGGUGGAGCAGGCUGCGGAUGAAGGCUUCGACUGCAGCGCCUGCCAGCCCUACGUGAUCAAACCCGCGCCCGUGCCUCCCGCAGAGAUGGCCAAGGCCAAGGAUCCGGAGCCCCAGUAUUUCCGCUUCGAGGGCGUGUGGCUGACGGAGACGGGCAUGGCCGUGCUGCGCAACCUGACCCUGUCGCCCCUGCACAAGCGGCGGCAGCGCAAGGGCCGCCCCGGAGCCCUCAACGGGGACGGGGGGCUCGAGGGGGGCGACCCCCUGGGCCCUGAGGACAAGAAGGACGGUGACCUGGACGCCGACGAGCUGCUCAAGGCUGAGGUGGGUGUGGAGCACAUGGAGUGCGAGAUCAAACUGGAGGCUCCGGCCAGCCCCGACCGCGACGUCGGCGCCGACGGGGACUCGGGGAAGGGGCUGGAGGACCCCGAGGAGUGCAAGAAGAGGAAGCGCAAGCCCUACCGGCCCGGCAUUGGCGGGUUCAUGGUGCGGCAGCGCAAGUCCCACACGCGGCUCAAGAAGGUGCCGACGGUGCUGGCGGACGUGGGGCGUGAGGGGCUGAGCACCGAGGGGCACCCCGAGGAUGGUGCUCCGGGCGAUGUCCCAGCCGAGGCUGGCCUGGAUCCGGGUUCGGGAGAGGGGGACGAGAAGAAGAAACGCCGGGGACGGAAGAAGAGCAAGUUGGAGGACAUGUUCCCCCCGUACCUGCAGGAGGCGUUUUUUGGGAAGGCGCUGAUGGACCUGAGCCGGAAGGCGCUGCUGGCAGCGGGCGGGGUGGGGGACGGGACCGCCCGCCCCUCCCUGGGCCAGGGCGCCCCAAGGCCCAAGGGGGACCCCAACCUGGCUGGGGCACUGCAGGGAGCCCCCCAGGACAGGAGGGAGACCCCCACCCACCCCCGAGGGGAUGACAGCACCGAUGGCAGCGCCGCCGCUCCCGACGAUGAUGGCAAGGACGAUGCGAAGGCCGAGGACCUGGGGGCCGAUGAGCCAAAGGAUUCCCCAGACCCUGGGGACGCCGAGAAACCGGCCACCCCGGGCGAGGGAGCGCUGAGCUCUGACCUCGACAAGAUCCCCACGGAAGAGCUGCCCAAGAUGGAGAGCAAAGACGUGCAGCAGCUCUUCAAGGACGUGCUGGGCUCGGCAGAGAGGGGGGAGCAGCCCCUCAACUGCGUGGCCGGGGGGAUGGAGGCCGGGCAGGACCCCGGCCGGGCACAGCGCCCCUUCCUGCAAGGAGACCUCCAGCUCUCGGGGCAGGGGAGCGUUUCCCUGGGCUCACUCUCCGGAUCCGUCUCCUUGGACUCGUAUUCAGGGGUCUGCCAGUCCCCGUUCCUCGACAGCAGGGAGCGGAGCGGCUUCUUCAGCCCAGACCACUGCGAGCCCGAGAGCCCCUGGGCCAGCAGCUCGGCCGCCACCACCCCCUCGACCCCCACGACGCCCACGACAGAGGGGGAGGGCGACGGCCUGUCCUACAACCAGCGCAGCCUCCAGCGCUGGGAGAAGGACGAGGAGCUGGGCGAGCUCUCCACCAUCUCCCCCGUCCUCUACGCCAACAUGAACUUCCCCAAUCUCAAGCAGGAUUAUCCAGACUGGUCGAGCCGCUGCAAGCAGAUCAUGAAGCUCUGGAGGAAGGUCCCUGCCACGGACAAAGCCCCGUAUUUGCAAAAGGCCAAAGAUAACCGGGCGGCUCAUCGCAUCAACAAGGUGCAGAAGCAGGCCGAGAGCCAGAUCAACAAGCAGACCAAAGGGGAGGGACUGCGCAAGCCGGAGAGGCCCUCGCUGCACCUGCGGAUCCCGGUGCCGCCGGGGGCACAGCCCGUCUACAUCAGCAGCCCCCCCGCCGCCGGCGAGGGCUUCCUGAAGCCCCCGGCGGGUGCCGGAGCGGGGCCGGAGUCUCCCAGCGAGCUUUUCCUCAAGCUCCCGCCCCAGUCCCCCGCCCAAGUGCCUUCGCACGACCCCUACGGCGGCACCUACGCGUUGGAGCCCCGCUUCCCCUCACCCCUGGGCCAGAGCCCCACGGCGGGUGCCGCCUUCCAGCCCUUCCCAGGCCAGCCCCAGCCCCUCACCGCCCCCCGAGCCCCUCCCGACUUCCACCCCACGCCCCCCGGAACCCCCCGGCACCAGCCCGGCACCCCGGACCCUUUCCUGAAGCCCCGGUGCCCCUCCUUGGACAACCUCUCGAUGCCGGGGAGCCCUGGGGCACGGCCCCCCGAGGCCCUGCUCUCUCCCCUGCCUUUCGGGGAGCAGAAGAAGGGUCUGGAGGUGAAGAAGGAGGAAGGGGGGGCGAGCCUGGGGGUCUGCUCGCCCGGCUAUGCCUCCGCCAUGGGCUAUGGGGACUCCCCGGGCGGCCCCCACCUCUCGGCUGCGGAGCUGAAGGCGGCCGACGUCUUCAAAGCCCCCAUGACCCCACGGGUCUCUCAGGUAGAGCCGCAGAGCCCGGGGCUGGGGCACCGGCCCCCCGACCCCCACCCCUUGGCCCCCUCGCCCCCCGGCCACCCCGAUCUCUACCGCCAGUCCCCCUACCUGGACCCCUACUCGCAGCCCCCACUGACGCCCCGGCUGCAGCCCCCCGAGGCCUGCUGUGCCCUCCCGCCCCGCUCCCUGCCCUCCGAGCCCUUCUCCCGCGUCCCCGCCAGCCCCCAGUCCCAGUCCAGCUCCCAGUCGCCCCUCACCCCCCGCCCGCUCUCCAACGAAGCCUUCUGCCAGUCCCCCGUCACCCCCCGCUUCCAGUCCCCCGAUCCCUACUCCCAACCGCCCUCCCGGCCCCAAUCCCGGGACCCCUUCACCCCCCUGCACAAGCCCCCCCGGCCGCAGCUGCCGGAGCCGGGGUUCAAGCCUGGCGGGGGUUUUGGGGGCGCCCCGGGGGGUGAGCCCCACGCCAAGGCACCGGCGGGGCCGCAGCCGCCCUUCGCCCGCUCCCCCGGCGCCAGCGUCUUCCCGGGCAGCCAGACCCCCAUGCGCUUCACCUUCCCCCCGGCCGUCUCGGAGCCCCUCAAGGGCUCCCCGUCCCACCAGCCCCAUGGGAUCAACAGCCAUUACGGCUCUGGGAAACCCCAGAGCUCGGCCUAUGCCUCGUCCCCCGGCUUCCACCAGGCCGGCAGCCCCCUGGGCCCGGGCACGGCUGCCCCUGACACCUACAGCCUCUCGCCCCUGCGGCCCCCGUCGGUGCUGCCGCCGCAGCCCCCGGCCCCCCCGCAGCAGCAGGACCCUUCCGGAGCCUUCCUGCCCCGCGCCGCGCUGGGACCGACGGCCGACAAGAGGGAGGAGGCGGCCGUGGGGCUCUCGGCGCCCCCAAACCGGGACCUGGCGGAGCUGCCCGGCGGCCAGGAUGGGGCCCUCGGCACCAUGAGCCAGUCGGAGCUGGAGAAGCAGCGGCAGCGCCAGCGGCUCCGGGAGCUGCUGAUCCGGCAGCAGAUCCAGCGGAACAGCCUGCGGCAGGAGAAGGAGAGCGCGGCCGCUGCCGCCACCUCCUCGCCCGCCACCUGGGCCCCCGAGGCCGCCGGGCAGGGCUUCGAGCUGAGCCGGGGCAUGGCCCCCUACCAGCCAGCACAGGACAAGGGACUCCUCGGGACCUUGGCCACGGCAGCUGGCGCCGGGAAGCUGCCCGGUUCCGUCAUGGUGCAGGCGGCGUUUCCCCAGGACGAGCGGCUCUCCCGACCCCCACCGGCGGCCACCCCGGCCACGCUGGACAUCAACGGGCGGGCGACAGUGGGGCCCCCCCAGGCCUUCUACCCCCGCGGGGUCUUCCCAGCACCAUCUCCGCAGCAGCAGCAGCAGCAGCACCUCUGGCAGCAGCAGCAGCAACAGGCGGCCGUGGCGGCCCUGCGGCUCCCCGUGACCUCCCGCUUCGCCCCCCCGGCUGCCGGGACCCCCAUGGGCAGCCUGGGCACCCGCCUGGCAGCCCCCGCCGAGGCCGUGCCCCCCUUGUCCACCCCCCUGGGCGCUCCCUUCAUCGAGCUGCGACACAACGUGCAGAAGGGACCCGGGGGGGUCGUGGGGUCCCCCUUUGCCCCCCAGGCGCCCCGGCCUCGCUUCUUCCUGCCCGGGGAGGAGGGCACAGCCCAGGCCCUCUGCAGCCCCGUCGUGCCCAUGCAGGCGCUGCCGCCCCAGAAGGUUCCGGCGCCGCUCCCGCCCGCGUCCCCGCAGGGAGCAGAGAUGGGCAACAGCCACCAGCAGCCCCACGCCAAGGCGGCCCCCCCGCCACUGCCGGCCCCCACCCUGGAGCUGCAGCACGUCCCCCCCCGCCCGCUGUCCUCGGGCACUGCCCUGCGCCCCGAGGGUCCCAAGGAUGGCCCCGCUCCAGACCCGGCGCCGGCCCCAGGGAAGAGCCACCUGAGCCUGGAGGGGGCACGGCUGCCCUGCGAGGUGCCCGUGGAGCCCGACUUGGAUGACGACUUUGGCUCCCACAAGGACUUGGAAGACGACGACGAUUUGGCCAACCUGAGCCUGGAUCCGGACGUGGCCAAGGGGGACGACGAUUUGGACAACCUGGACAGCCUGGAGACAGCAGACCCCCACCUCGACGACCUGCUGAACGGCGACGAGUUCGACCUGCUGGCCUACACCGACCCCGAGCUGGACACCGGGGACAAGAAGGACAUCUUCAACGAGCACCUGCGCCUGGUCGAGUCGGCCAACGAGAAAGCCGAGCGUGAGGCCCAGCUCAAGACGGAGCCGCCAGCGCCCGCCUUGAAGCUCCCCGACCCCGGGGACAGCAAAGAUGUGACCCCAUCCGCGGAGAACCAGGAGGUGCCCAAGGAAGGGCUGGUGCCCAGUGCGAGCUUGGGACCCUCUGCCUGCCCCGCGGGCGCCGUGCUGGCCCCUGACCCGGCUUUCAAGGCGCAGGGUGCGGAGGCAAAGCCCGGCUCGCUGCCCACCGAGGUGAAGCCCAAGCUGGAGGAUGGUUGUCUGAAGACCUCGCCCUGCCAGUUCACCGCCGCCGGCUCCGAGCGGCUCCCAGUGCCCGUCAAGUCGGAGGGGCUGCAGGGCACCGACAAAAUCUCUGCCUCGCUGGGGCUGAGCCUCAAACCCGGCCAGACCCUCCUGAGCCCCGGCGCCGGCCCCGCUCGCCUCGGCCUGACUCAGUUCCCCAACAGUGGCCACGCCAGUGUCCCCGUGCCGGACAAGGACCCCUACGCUGCCCCCGGCCGCGGGCUGGCCCCUGCCCAGCUGGGCAGCCAGAGCAACCCCUUGCUGGAGAAGUUCGAGCUGGACAGCGGAGCUCUGGGGCUGGGCAGCGCCCGGCACUCGCCGGCGGACGACCUGGACAAGAUGGAGAGUUCGCUGGUGGCCAGCGAGCUGCCGCUGCUCAUCGAGGACCUGCUGGAGCACGAGAAGAAGGAGCUGCAGAAGAAGCAGCAGAUGUCGGCCCACCUGCCCCGCAGCACCCCCCACCUCCCGGCCCCGGGGCACCCCAUGCUGCACGCGGGGGCGGCCGGGCAGCCCCCCGAGGGGCAACCGCCCCGCCUGGGCGCCCCUCAGACCCCCCUCCAGCUGGGGCUGGUGGCCCGGCCGCCGCUGAUGCCACCACAACCCCCCCGGCUCGGCACACCCCAGCAGGGCCCGGCGCUGGCCCCCCACAUGGGCAUGGCCUCGGGGCAGCCCCACGUGCUGGCGUCUCCCCAUGGGGUGCAGGUGGCCCUGGGGCAGCCGCAGCAGAGCCAGCAGCAGGUGCUGGUGCAGAAGCCGAUGGCUGGGGUGCAGCCCCCCACCCUGGGCCUGAAGCCCCCCCAGCUCGUCAUGCAGCAGCAGUUGGCCAACAGCUUCUUCCCAGACACAGACCUGGACAAGUUUGCGGCUGAGGACAUCAUGGACCCCAUUGCCAAAGCCAAGAUGGUGGCACUGAAGGGCAUCAAGAAGGUGAUGGCUCAGGGCAGCAUUGGGGUGGCCCCGGGCAUGAACAGGCAACAGGUUUCCCUGCUGGCCCAGCGGCUCUCGGGGGGCCCAGCAGUCUCUGAGAUGCAGAACCACUUGCUGGCAGGGAGCGGGCAGGAGCGAAGUGGCACAGACCCAACCCAGGCUCGCCCCAACCCACCCACCUUCGCACAGGGCGUCAUCAACGAGGCUGACCAGCGGCAGUACGAGGAGUGGCUGUUCCACACGCAGCAGCUGCUGCAGAUGCAGCUGAAGGUGCUGGAGGAGCAGAUCGGGGCUCACCGCAAGUCCCGCAAGGCGCUCUGUGCCAAGCAGCGCACGGCCAAGAAGGCUGGCAGGGAGUUCCCCGAGGCCGACGCCGAGAAGCUGAAGCUGGUGACGGAGCAGCAGAGUAAGAUCCAGAAGCAGCUGGACCAGGUGCGGAAGCAGCAGAAGGAACACACCAACCUCAUGGCCGAGUACCGCAACAAGCAGCAGCAGCACCAGCACCAGGCCUCGGCCGUGAUGGCCCUGAGCCCCUCGCAGAGCCCCCGCCUCAUGUCCAAGCUCCCGGGGCAGCUCCUCUCAGCACACGGGGUGCAGCAGCCCGGGGUGGGAGCGCAGGGCCUCGGGCAGCAACCGGGGCAACCCGGGGGGCUGCGCCUGUCCCAGGGCGGCGUGUCCAUGGCCGUGCAGCAGGGCCUGUCCUUCAUGGGGCAGCAGGCCAUGGGGAACUCCCCGGGACCCGGCUCCUCCAGCGCCUUCUUCGCCGGGAACCCCGCGCUGCGCGGGCUGGCCGCCGACAGCCGCCUGAUGCAGGAGCGGCAGCUCCAGAGGAUGCAGCUGGCGCAGAAGCUGCAGCAGCAGAACAUGCUGGGACAGGUGGCACUGCCGCAGCAGCAGCAGCAGCAGCCGGGCGUGAUGGGACAGAGCUCCAUGCAGCAACCGGGCGUGAUGGGCCAGGUGUCGCUGCAGCAGCCAGGGGUGAUGGGACAAGUGUCCAUGCAGCAGCAGGGUGUGAUGGGACAGGCCCCCAUGCAGCAGCCAGGAGUGAUGGGACAGGCGUCCAUGCAGCAGCCAGGAGUGAUGGGACAGGCGUCCAUGCAGCAAUCAGGUGUGAUGGGACAGGCAUCAAUGCAGCAAUCAGGUGUGAUGGGACAGACGUCACUGCAGCAAUCAGGUGUCAUGGCACAAGCGUCGAUGCAGCAACAGGGCGUGAUGGGUCAGGCCUCCAUGCAGCAGCCCGGUGUGAUGGGACAGGCGUCGCUGCAGCAGCCCGGUGUGAUGGGACAGGCAUCCAUGCAGCAGCAGGGCGUGAUGGCCCAGGCAGCCAUGCAGCAGCCGGGUGUGAUGGGACAGACGUCGAUGCAGCAACAGGGCGUGAUGGGUCAGGCGUCCAUGCAGCAGCAGGGUGUGAUGGGACAGAGCUCCAUGCAGCCACAGAGCAUCGUGGCUCAGACAUCCAUGCAGCAGCCGGGCAUGAUGGGACAAGCUUCGAUGCAACAGGCAGGUGUGAUGGCGCAGACGUCGAUGCAGCAGCCGGGCAUGAUGAGCCAGGCGUCCAUGCAGCAGCCGGGGGCGCUGGGCCAGGCCCCGAUGCAGCCGACGGCCGUGGCGGGGCAGCCCGGCCUGCUGGGGCAGCAGCAGCAGCCCCCGACCCCCCAGCCCGGCGCGGGGGCUCAGCCCAUGGUGCCCAAGGCCGGGGGGCUGCUGGGCAGCCAGCAGAGCCUGCUGGUGCAGCAGCUCUCGCCCCAGCAGCAGCCGGGCGUGCUGGGCCACGCGCCGGCGCCGGGGCUGCAGCACCAGCCCAUGCUGGGCCACCCCCAGCCCCAGCGCCAGGUGCUCCUGGCCCCCCACCAGCAGCGGGUGCUGGGCUCGCCCCAGCUGGCACCGCAGACUCCGGGGAUGCUGAGCCACCGGCUCGUGCUGUCCCAGCAGCUGGGGCAGUCGCGGGCGCUGCUGACCCCGCAGCAGCAGCAGCAGCAGCAGCAGCAGAACUCGGCGGCCGCCCAGCCGGGCCUCCUGGGGCUGGGCCAGGGGCAGGCCUCGAUCCAGCACUUUCCGCAGCACGGGGCGGGGGGCCAGGCCCCCUCUGUGCUGCACCUGAGUCAGGGAAUGCAGCCGGCCCCGGCGGUCCUGGCUGCCAAGGACCAGCCCACGGGGGUGGAUGGCGGCGUCCUGUCCACCGAGGGCGGCGAGAGCGGGGGGCAGCUGCACGGGGAGCAGCAGGGACCCCUCAACCCCCAAGGGCUGGGGGGCCCGGAGGCCGUGGCCCCCAAGCACCAGGCUGAGCUGGGGCAGGGCCAGCAGCUCCUCUUGGCCUCCCCACAGCCGGGAAUGCUGCGGGCAGCCCCUGGGCAGCAGGGUGCCCUGCUCGCCCCGCCGCUGCAGAGCCCCGGGGCCGCCCACCCCGAGCUGUCCCAGCAGCAGCACGGGGACACGGCUGGGGUGGCAGAGCCGCCGCUGGGCUGCGGGACGGGCCCGGCACAGGGCAUGGCACAGGGCAUGGUGCCGGCGCCGCGGCCCCCGGAGCAGCCGGGCAAGGGGCCGGCGGGGGCCCUGCAGGGGCAGCCCCAGCCCCCGCGGCUCCAGAGCCCCGGGCAGCACAAAGCGGGGCCGGCACCGGGCACGGCCACGCUCCCCACGGGGCUCCUGGGGCAGGUGCCGGGGCCGGUGAUGGGCCAGAUCCGGGCGCAGCUCCAGGGUGUCCUGGCCAAGAACCCGCAGCUGCGGCACCUGACGCCGCAGCAGCAGCAGCAGCUCCAGGCCCUCCUGGUGCAGCGGCACCAGCAGAGCCUCCUGCAGCAGAGCCAGGCGCUCCGGACCCCCGGCCCCUUCCCCGGGCAGGCCCCGGACUACGGCUCGCCCGCCGCCCGCCAGCCCCCUCGCCCCAUGGGGUCCCUCUUCCAGCCCCGGCCGGGCACCCCGGCAGAGGCACAGACCAGCUUUGCUGCCGAGCCGGGGCGGGCGCUGCCAGGGCAGCCCCCUCAGCAGCCCCCCCAGCAGCCCCUGGCAGAGCUGGUGCAGGCAGCCCUGGCUGCCCGUGGCCCCCAGCCCGGCCUUGUCCGCCUCCCCACUCCACCAGCCCCCUCGCCCCUGGGCUGUGCCCCCCAGCACGUGGCCAGCCCCGAGCAGAGCCCCCAAGAGCCAAAGAAGACGUCGCCGGGGGUCCCGGCCUCGACCCCCAGCCCCGCAGUGCCCGCAGAGCCGGGGCUGACGCCCACGCCGAGCGCUGCCCUCCCUGACCCAGCACGCGGCCCCUGGGACCCCGAGGCGCCCGGGGCGGACCCAGCCGACCCCAGUGAGAUCCACAUCAACGGGGCAGUGCCAGAGGGGGCCCCCGCGGCGGGCGAAGCCCCCCAGGUGUUGGUGAAGCAGGAGCCGAAGGAGGAGGCGGCGGCAGCGGCGCAGUGUGAGCUGGACGGAGACGAGACGGCGAAACCGGAGGCCAACGGGGACCCUGGGGCCGGCCAAGCCAACAGCCUGCUGGCCCCGGGCGGGCGCUCCGAGGCCGGGCACCUGCUGCUGCAGAAGCUGCUGCGGGCCAAGAACGUGCAGCUCUCGGCGCAGAGCCCGGGCGAGCUCAAUGGGCACACGGAGAGCCGGAGCGCCGGGAUGGAGCCGCGGCCGCAGCCGCUGCUGCUGGGCCGGGAGGACCCCUCCAUCGCCAGGAAGCCGGCGCCCACCAAGCCCAAGCGGGUGCAGAAAGGCAACGAGCGGAUCCCGGCUUCCCGCAAGAAGCUGCGGAAGGACGAGGGGCUGCGUCCCGGCGAGGCCCUCAUGAGGCAGCUGAAGCAGGAGCUGUCGCUGCUGCCGCUGACGGAGCCGACCAUCACCGCCAACUUCAGCCUCUUCGCGCCCUUCGGCAGCAGCCCCAUCAACGGGAAGAGCCAACUGCGGGGCGCCUUCGGCAGCGCCGUGCUCGACAGCGUCCCUGACUACUACUCCCAGCUGCUCACCAAGAACAACCUCAGCAACCCGCCCACGCCGCCCUCCUCGCUGCCCCCCACGCCCCCUCCCUCCGUGCAGCAGAAGAUGGUGAACGGUGUCACGGCCCCCGAGGAACUGGGCGAGCAGCCCAAGGACGCCGACCCAGCCCGCGAGCCCCACGGCCAGAAGGACACACCGGCUGUGGAGGUGAAGAGCCUGGACCUGCUGGCAGCUCUGCCCACCCCGCCACACAACCAGACCGAGGACGUCAGGAUGGAGAGCGACGACGAGAGCGACUCCCCCGACAGCAUCGUCCCUGCCUCAUCCCCCGAGAGCGUCCUGGGCGAGGAGCUGCUGCGAUUCCCGCUGCUCAGCGAGGCCAAGCCGGAGCUGGAGGAGCGUGUGCUGUCUCCCAUCAUCCCCAUCAUCCCCCGGGCCAGUAUCCCAGUGUUCCCUGACACAAAACCCUACGAGGCCUCAGAGCCCUUUGGGGCCCCCCCAGGGAAGGUGGGGGCAGCAGGCCCGGGAGCCCCGUGGGAGAAGGGCAAGAGCAGCGAGGUCUCUGUCAUGCUGACGGUGUCCGCGGCGGCCGCCAAGAACCUCAAUGGGGUAAUGGUGGCCAUGGCUGAGCUGCUGAGUGUGAAGAUCCCCAGCUCCUACGAGGUGCUGUUCCCCGAUGGCCCCGUGCGAGUGGCCGUGGUCGAGGCCAAGAAGGUGGAGGCUGAUAUGGCUGGGAUGCUCGGAGGGAAGGAGAAGGCGCUGGCUGGGAAGGUGCCCGACAGCAGCUCCGAGUGGCUGAAGCAGUUCGACGCGGUGCUGCCUGGGUACAGCCUCAAGGGCGAGCUGGACCUUCUGACGCUGCUCAGACAGGAGAGCCCCGCACCCGAGAAGACCCUUCACCACUGCUACGUCAACAACGUGUCCAACCUGGACGUGCGGCAGCUCUCGGUCAUGCCCCAGGAGCCCUCGCCCCCUCUAUCCCCCUCCGUCCCCUCCCCGUCCAGCCCUGCCGAGCCCACCAGGGUCCCCAACCCCGAGGUGGCCCUCGAGGCCGCCCCGGCCCCGCCGUCGCCGCUGCUGCCGGCCCCCUCGCCGGCCCCCCAGGAGGAAGGGGCCACGGCCCCCCACUCGCCGCCCCGUUUCAAGCCGCGCUCGCGGCCGCCCGAGGACGGGGACGAGGCGCGGCCGCGGCUGAAGAAGUGGAAGGGGGUGCGCUGGAAACGGCUGCGCUUCCUCGUCACCAUCCAGAAAGGGGGGGCCAAGCGCGACGGCGACAAGGAGAUCGCCGAGUUCAUCGACAAGCUGGGCACCACCCUGCGCCCCGAGAAGGUGCCGCGGGACCUGCGCAAGUGCUGCUUCUGCCACGAGGAGGGCGACGGGGCCACGGACGGGCCGGCCCGCCUGCUCAACCUCGACCUCGACCUCUGGGUCCACCUGAACUGCGCCCUGUGGUCCACGGAGGUGUACGAGACGCAGGGCGGGGCCCUGAUCAACGUGGAGGUGGCCCUGCACCGCGGGCUGCUCACCAAGUGCUCCCUGUGCCAGAAAACCGGCGCCACCAACAGCUGCAACCGCAUCCGCUGCCCCAGCGUGUACCACUUCGCCUGCGCCAUCCGCGCCAAGUGCAUGUUCUUCAAGGACAAGACCAUGCUGUGCCCCCUGCACAAGCUGAAGGGGCCCUGCGAGCAGGAGCUCAGCAGCUUCACCGUGUUCCGCCGCGUGUACAUCGAGCGGGACGAGGUGAAGCAGAUCGCCAGCAUCAUCCAGCGCGGGGAGCGGCUCCACAUGUUCCGCGUGGGCGGGCUGGUCUUCCACGCCAUCGGGCAGCUGCUGCCCCACCAGAUGGCCGAUUUCCACAGCGUCACCGCGCUCUACCCCGUGGGCUACGAGGCCACGCGCAUCUACUGGAGCCUGCGGACCAACAACCGCCGCUGCUGCUACCGCUGCACCAUCUGCGAGAACAACGGGCGCCCCGAGUUCGUCGUGCAGGUCAUCGAGCAGGGCCUGGAGGAUCUCGUCUUCUCUGACUCCUCGCCGCAAGCCGUCUGGAACCGGAUCAUCGAGCCGGUGGCGAUGAUGAGGAAGGAGGCCGACAUGCUGCGGCUCUUCCCGGAGUACCUGAAGGGCGAGGAGCUCUUCGGCCUCACGGUGCACGCGGUGCUGCGCAUCGCCGAGUCGCUGCCGGGCGUCGAGAGCUGCCAGAACUACCUGUUCCGCUACGGGCGCCAUCCCCUGAUGGAGCUGCCACUGAUGAUCAACCCCACCGGCUGCGCCCGCUCCGAGCCCAAGAUCCUCACCCAUUACAAGAGGCCCCACACCCUGAACAGCACAAGCAUGUCCAAGGCCUACCAGAGCACGUUCACGGGCGAGACCAACACGCCCUACAGCAAACAGUUCGUGCACUCCAAGUCCUCCCAGUACCGGCGCCUGAAGACGGAGUGGAAGAACAACGUGUACCUGGCGCGCUCCCGCAUCCAGGGGCUGGGGCUCUACGCGGCCAAGGACAUCGAGAAGCACACGAUGGUCAUCGAGUACAUCGGCACCAUCAUCCGCAACGAGGUGGCCAACCGGCGGGAGAAGAUCUACGAGGAGCAGAACCGUGGCAUCUACAUGUUCCGCAUCAACAACGAGCACGUCAUUGACGCCACACUGACGGGGGGCCCGGCCAGGUACAUCAACCACUCGUGUGCCCCGAACUGUGUGGCCGAAGUCGUGACCUUCGACAAGGAGGACAAGAUCAUCAUCAUCUCCAGCCGGCGCAUCCCCAAGGGGGAGGAGCUCACCUACGACUACCAGUUCGACUUCGAGGACGAUCAGCACAAGAUCCCCUGCCACUGUGGAGCCUGGAAUUGCAGGAAGUGGAUGAACUAGCUGGGAAAAAACGGGGCUGGGGGCCGCCACCCCCGGCCUGGGAGACCUCGCCAAGCCCUUCCCCGGGGCCGCGGGAGGUGCCGGGGGCAGCCGGGCACGGAGGGAGGAGCGGCCGCGGCGCCGCCGGCCCUGCCCGGGCGGGACGGACGGACGGACGAACUGGCAACUCAGGGUUUUCUUUGCUUCGUCCUGCGAGGAAAAAAACAAACAAACAAACAAACAAACAAACAAAUGGAGUGGGGGGCUCGGAAGCCCCCCCUUCAGCACCCCCCCCUCACCGCCAGCCUCCCUCGUGGGGGAGCCACGGGGGAGCAGCGCCGGGCCCAGCGCGCGGAGCCGGCCCGGAUGUAAACGAUUAUUUUAUUCUAUUUUAUUUUAUUUUAUUUUGUUUUCGGUUCUUUUGGGUUUUUGGUUUUGUUUUGUUUUUUUUUUUUGGUUUUUCUGUUUUUUUUUGUUUUUUUGUUUUGUUUUUUUUUUUUUAGAAACUAAUAAUAUUUGCUCGCUAAUUACCAAGGUAA